AUUGACAUGAGGAUUCUUUAUAAUUUAGCUAUAUUUUUAUAUAUAUUUAAGAAACCCGAGGAGUAGAAUUGUUGGAGUGAAAAUUAUGGAGCACUACUGGGACGACGAUCUCCUGGUAGCAGCUCAAUCCGACUUAUGGAACCACUCGUUCGUCUUCCUCAAAUCCAUGUCGCUCAAGUGCGCCAUCGAGCUUGGCAUCCCCAACGCCAUCCACCGCCACGGCGCCCCAGUCUCCGUCCCCGACCUCGUCGCUGCGCUCAACCUCCCGGCCGCCAGACUGCCGCCGCUCCGCCGCCUCAUGCGCGCGCUCGCUUUCUCCCACCUCUUCACAAGGCAGACGUCGGAAGCCACCGCCGCCGGCGGGGAGGAGGAGGAUUUGUACGGCCUCACCCCGACCUCCCGCCUGCUCGUCGACGACGCCGGAGACCGCCGCAGCCUCGCGCCGUUCGUUCGCGCGAUGCUCGACCCGGUGCAGACGAUGCCGUCGCUGCUCAUAAGCGGCUGGUUUAAAGCAGCGGAUGGCGUCGCGACGCCAUUCGAGGCAGUGCACGGAAGCGAUAUCUGGAGCAGGACGAGCCGGAACCCGGAGUUCAACGCGACGUUCAACGAGGGGAUGGCGGCGGACGCGGGGUUCGUAAUGGACCUGGUUGUCAGAAAAUGCGGGCAUGUCUUCCGCGGGCUGCGCUCGCUGGUCGACGUCGGCGGGGGAACUGGCGCUGCCGCCCGCGCCGUUGCGGGGGCGUUUCCGCACAUCAAGUGUGCUGUUCUUGAUCUGCCUCAGGUGGUCCAGGGACUGCCGGCAGACGGGCCCGUGGAAUUUAUCGCGGGCAGCAUGUUCGAGCGCGUUCCUCCGGCGGACGCUGUGAUGUUGAAGUGGAUUCUACACGAUUGGGACGACGAGGUUUGCGUGAGGAUACUGCGGAAGUGCAAGGAGGCGAUCCCACCAAGAGAGGCCGGAGGGAAGGUUAUCGUCAUGGAGCAAGUGAUGGGGUCGAGCCCGGGAGAGAAGGCGACGGAGAAUCAGCUCUUCUUCGACGUGUGGAUGAUGGUCCAAACCGGGGGACGCGAGAGAGACGAGCAGGAAUGGUGCAACAUAUUCACCGAAGCAGGAUUUAGUGAUUACAAGAUUGCUGCCACGUUUGGAUUCCGAUCAGUUAUUGAGGUGUAUCCUUAAGAUGAAACUUCUUUCGAGGUGAACUUUCAGGUGGACUUGGUGCUUGUUAUGGAUUGUGAUGGUUUGGUUAAAUAAUAUGGACUUUUGUUUAUUUAUCUUUUACUACUAUUGAUAAUAAUGGGGGUUAAAUAAUAAUAAGAUGUUUUUAGUUUCA